CCGGAAGUGAUUACGAAACUUUCAGGCGCCUAUUGGUUGACCCGGAAGUAGCACGAUCCACGCGAGUCUGUGAGAAUCGUUGCAGAUACGAAGUCACGAGGAAGGCACGAGCUUAAGAGGACUGUUUUUUUUCUCAAUCAUCAAACAUGAGUCUGUUAACAAAGCCCAAGUCAGAGAUGACUCCAGAGGAGCUCCAGAAACGAGAAGAAGAGGAGUUCAACACCGGCCCGCUGUCUGUGCUCACCCAGUCAGUCAAAAACAACACCCAGGUCCUCAUUAACUGUCGCAACAACAAGAAGCUGCUCGGAAGAGUCAAGGCUUUUGACAGGCACUGCAACAUGGUCUUGGAGAAUGUGAAAGAGAUGUGGACGGAAGUUCCCAAGAGCGGGAAAGGAAAGAAGAAGUCGAAGCCGGUGAAUAAGGACCGCUACAUCUCUAAAAUGUUCCUGAGGGGCGACUCUGUCAUUAUUGUGCUGAGAAAUCCUCUGAUCACAGGGAAAUGAACUGUUUAUUUGCACCUAGAUGAACCAGUCUCAGAGCAUUUUUUUCUUCAGUUUUUUUGUCUGUUUGUUUUGUUUAUUUGAUUUUUCCUUUGAACGAUUUGAAGAUGGAGGACUACCGUUAACGGAAACCUCUUUGUUUUGUUUCAGUUGUUGUUCUUGGAUCAUCGAAGUCAAAGGUUAAGAUACAUAGUGACAAAACGAUGUCUGUACUCAUUGGAGAGCUAUUCAGGCGCUAGAAUACCUGGUUUUACAUUAUCAAGGAAAGUCUUCUGUAUUUUUCAUUUUAAUAAUAAAAUGGUGACUAAAUUCAAAA